CGACCCCCAGCAUGGCGCAGGAGGCAGCCCCCGUCCUCCUGGUUGUCCUCGCCAGGCUGGUGUCAUCCACGUGGCACGAAGGGUCUGGCUACUACACAGAGAGUCACACCAAUGAGGUCUAUGCAGAAGAAACCCCCCCUGAGCCUGCCCUGGAUUACCGUCGAGUGCCCCAGUGGUGUGCCACACUCAACAUCCACCGCGGAGAUGCCACCUGCUACUCACCCCGGGGCAGCUCCUACCGCAGCAGCCUGGGGACACGCUGCGAGCUGAGCUGCACCCGCGGGUACCGGCUGGUGGGUUCCAGUGUGGUCCAGUGCCUGCCCAACCGCCACUGGUCUGGGAUGGCGUACUGCCGACAAAUCCGAUGCCAUGUGCUGCCAGCAGUGCUGCGGGGCUCCUACGUGUGCUCAGCGGGAGUGCAGAUGGAUUCCCGCUGUGACUACACCUGCCUGCCUGGCUACCAGCUGGAGGGCGACCGGAGCCGCAUCUGCAUGGAGGACGGGCGCUGGAGUGGGACCGAGCCAAUCUGUGUAGACCUGGAGCCUCCCAAGAUCCGCUGUCCAGACUCCCGGGAGCGGAUAGCCGAGCCAGGCAAGCUGACUGCAACUGUCUACUGGGACCCUCCUCGCGUGAAGGACUCUGCUGACGGCGUCAUCAAGAGGGUGAUGCUGCGGGGCCCAGAGCCAGGCUCUGAAUUCCCUGAAGGAGAGCAUGUGAUCCGCUACACCGCCCACGACCAGGCGUACAACCGAGCCAGCUGCAAGUUCAGUGUCCGUGUCCAAGUGAGGCGCUGCCCUGUCCUGAAGCCUCCACAGAACGGGUACAUCUCCUGCACCUCCGACGGCAACAACUACGGUGCCACCUGCGAGUACCUGUGUGAUGGGGGCUACGAGCGCCAGGGCACCUCUCUACGGGUCUGCCAGUCCACGCAGCAGUGGACGGGCUCCCAGCCCCUCUGCACACCCAUGCAGAUCAACACAGCUGUGAACUCAGCCGCCAGCCUGCUGGAUCAGUUCAACGAGAAACGCCGCCUCCUCGUCAUCUCGGCCCCCGACCCCUCUAACCGCUACUACAAGAUGCAGAUCUCCAUGCUGCAGCAAGCCGCCUGUGGGCUGGACCUGCGCCAUGUCACCAUCAUUGAGCUGGUGGGGCAGCCCCCACACGAGGUGGGACGCAUCCGGGAGCACCAGCUGUCCCUUGGCAUCAUCCAGGAGCUCAGGCAGUUCCUGCACCUCACCCGCUCCCACUUCAACGCGGUGCUGUUGGACAAGGCAGGCACUGACCGCGAGCGCUACAUCGCCCCCGUCAGCCCUGACGAGCUCUUCGUCUUCAUCGACACGUACCUGCUGGGCGAGCGGGAGGCGGCUCGGCGGGAGCAGAACGGGGACCCCUGCGAGUGA